AUGAAGACUGUCUUCUUGGUGGUGUGCAACCUCUACCUCGCCCAGGGCUUUGUUCCCUUUGGUAGCAAGGCAACCUUAAAACCAACAUAUGGCAAAGUUUCGGAUGCAUUGGAUGAGUUUGGUAAUAACUAUGAUCGAAACAGCAAGGAAACUUUGGGUAUGCUGGAAGAAAUCAAUGAGGAUUUCAAGAGACUGGUCCAGUUGAAACGACAAUCACUGCAAGUAGUUGGAACAAGCGAUAGAACAGAAGCGAUGGCCAAAGAUGCACCCAUGAACCGUACGCCCAUGUCAUACUUUGAUUCUCUCUACGGCAAGAAUGCUUCCAAGAGGAGAGACACAGUUUUGUUUGCUCAACCCGAAAAAGAAAUGAGACAAGAGCUCGCGGAAAGAACCUCCAUUAUCAAGGACGAAGAACAAUAUGCGAUUCGUGAUGGCCCUGGUGUGCUGCCGUUGCAAGAAGAAGAGGAGGAAGUUGUUACCUCGGAAGAAGAUAUUCCAGAAGGCGAGAACGAAGCUGAGAGACUCAAGAGACGUAUGGAACGAUUGACAAAACGUAGAGCGUAUCCACUCUUUUUGGCGGAAAAAGGAAUUGAACUCAUAGAAGGCAUACUACCUGGUCAAUCGGCAUUUGUAUAUAAAGGCACCGAGAGAGAAAAAAUUGUGGUGCUUGGAACAGGAUGGGGCGCUGUUUCGUUCCUGAAGGGUAUUGAUACUAGCCUCUAUGAUGUCACUGUGAUUUCGCCUCGGAACUAUUUCUUGUUCACUCCAAUGCUGGCUGGAGCGAGCGUAGGAACCGUCGAAUACAGAUCCAUCACAGAGCCAGUGAGAGAGAUCAAUCGCAAAGUCAACUACUUGGAGGCAACCGCGACAGAAAUUGACCCAAAAACUAAGGUUGUAACGUGCGAAUCUGUUGUCUGCGACGGAAACUCGUGUGACAUUGAAGAUUUCACCGUAGAGUAUGAUCGCUUGGUGGUGACUGUUGGUGCCCAGACGAACACAUUUGGAAUCCCAGGAGUCAGAGAGUACUGCUGUUUCCUAAAGCAGGUUGAAGAUGCCAGGCGUAUUCGCACGGCCAUUGUGAACUGUUUUGAAAGAGCCAAUCUGCCGUCACUGACCGACGAACAACGUGAGAACGACCUCACCAUUGCUGUCAUUGGAGCGGGGCCAACUGGGAUCGAAUUUGCAGCAGAAUUGCGAGAUUUUGUCGAGGAGGACGGACCAAAAUACUACCCCAACUUGUUGAAGCACGUUCGCAUCAAGGUAAUUGAAGCUGCUUCAUCUGUGCUGGCGCCAUUCGACAAGGCUCUGCAGGAAGAAGCCAUUCGAGUGAUGAAUCGUUCUGUUGAAAUCAGUGACUCGGAUGUUCGUAGUCUACUGCCGGAGCGAUUCCAGCUUGUCGAACUGAAGCUGGAUCAAUCUGUUAAGGAGGUCACCGACAAGUCCAUCAUGUUGAACUCUGGCGAGGAAAUACCGUACGGGCUCGCGGUGUGGGCUGCUGGAAAUGGACCUCUUCCAAUCACAUUGCAACUUGUGGAAGCAUUAGGCGAGGAACAGGCAGAAGAGCAAGAUGUGGCAAGAGGGCGUGUGGCUAUCGACCCGUGGAUGCGUGCUGCUGGUGGCAAUGGCGAUAUCCUGGCGUUCGGCGACUGCACUUGCAUCACUCGCGGUCAGCUGCCUGCAACGGCGCAAGUUGCAGCCCAGCAAGGUGAAUACUUGGCCAACAUGUUAAACAAGCAGUACGAUUUGAAGCCGAGCAAGGUUGACGGAGUGGUGCCACCCCCAAUGAAAACCGGAGAAACAAAGAGUUCCCUGUCAGAUACGGUUGCCAAUUUGGCCACUCUCUCUAACGGAGAAUAUGCCAAACCAUUCCAAUUCUUGGAUCUCGGAAUCCUUGCUUACACUGGGGGCGGAUCGGCGCUUGCUCAAGUAACACCCGCACCAGAUGCUCCACCGUUGAAGGGAACCGGAAAGAUCGGCAAUACGGUGUGGCGAAGUGUGUACCUGAGCAAACAGGUUUCUUGGCGAAAUCGACUUCUGGUCCUCAACGACUGGACCAAGCGACAGCUGUUCGGUCGUGACAUUACAAGAGUGUAA